UCAAAUGUGUCGGGAAGAUUAUUCGCUGCUUUUUAGGGGACUUUCUAACCGUGGAAGUAUCGUGAAUCUUCGCAUAGGGCUAUCUGUUGAAUAUUAAAGCGGUGGAGUAAAAAUUUGGGAGAUACAACGCGUCUAUCAAUUAUUUGUUUGAGAAUUCAGCGCAGAAUCCACCAUCAUUUAUUUGCGGAUACUAUUCGAUGUUUCAGUAAGGAUCAGCAAUUCAGUUGAAACUUGAAACAACAUAUUUGCCACCUUAGAAUAACACAAUGAAACACCUGCAACUUUUACACACUGAAGACUAAAGGAAUUACUGAAAGAAGACUUCAGACUUACUUGUAAAAGUGUAUAACGCAGCAGGUAAAAUAUGCUGGAGACUGUGUGACAGGCAGCUAUGGCACCAAAGAGGGACUAUUUCCUGGAUGUCACCAUAGUGACUGCACUCUGCCUGCUGUGUGUCAGCCAUGGUCAGCAGCCAGAGGUGCGUGCCAAGGAAGGGGGUGUGGUGGAGAUGGUGUGUAGACUGCCACCCACUGACACGGGUGCGUCUGCAUCAUUACACGUGGUAGAAUGGGUGCGCCAGGGCUUUGACAUCCCAGUCCUGAUCAAGUUUGGAGUGUAUGCUCCUCGGGUGCAUCCCAACUACGAGGGCCGUGUCUCUCUGGUCAGGAACACUGUUCUGAGAGUGAAGGGGCUCCUCAUGGAGGACCAGGGCCUGUACGAGUGUCGCAUUCUCCUGCUGGACAAAACCAUGGACGAGACCCACAACGGCACCUGGACCCUACUCUCUGUGACUGCUCCUCCUAUUUUCACCAAGACCCCUCCCCCUGUCCUGGAGGCUCUAGUGGGGAAUCCUCUUUCUCUAGCCUGUGUUGCUCGUGGCAACCCACAACCCACCAUAACCUGGGCUAAAGAUGGUACUCUGAUUGGAGGAGACAAGGUUGAGGUGCUGAGUGGGACGUUGUCUCUCAGAGCAGUGAGCACAGAGGCCGGAGGACGGUAUGAAUGUCUCGCCACCAACACAGAGGGCAAUGUGACUCAUGUGACAAAGCUGAAAGUCAAAGGUCCUCCAGUCAUUGUUAUCCCCCCGAAGAACACGGCUCUCAACCUGACCCAGAAUGCCCUCCUGCGGUGCCAGGCCGUGGCUGAUCCGCCCAACAUGACCUAUGUGUGGCAAAGGCAGGGAGAGAAUGUCCAUCACAUAGAGGCUCUGAAGUCCCGUGUGAAGAUCAUGGUGGACGGCACCCUCCUUAUCACCCGCGUCACCCCAGAAGAUUCUGGGAACUAUACCUGCAUGCCCACCAAUGGGCUUUUAACUCCGCCUACUGCAUCCGCCAGUCUCACUGUGAGACACCGUGCCCAGGCUCUCCUGAUGCCUCAGCAGACAUAUCUCCCCACAGGCCUGGGGGGACUGGUCUCCUGCCCUGUGAGAGCCCAGCCCCCCCUGCUCCGUGUUGAUUGGACCAAGGAUGGACAGCCACUGAAUCUGGCCAUGUACCCAGGAUGGACGUUGACGUCUGAAGGCUCGGUGUUCAUGGCAACUGUCAAUGAUGAUGCAACAGGCGUGUACACGUGCACCCCCUACAACAGCUUCGGGACCAUGGGUCAAUCAGGGCCCACGACAGUCAUCCUACAGGACCCCCCGUCACUCAACGUGUCCCCCCGAAAGGAGUAUCGAGAGGAGGUGGGGAGGAAGCUUGUUAUCCCCUGCCAGACCACUGGAGAGCCAGCCCCUACUGUAACCUGGAGCAAGGUUGGACCUGCCACACUCUCUCAGUACUCUAUAGCAGCCAACGGCUCCCUGCUGCUGUUUCCUCUCAGUAAAGACCACCAGGGGGAGUGGGAGUGCAGCGUUACCAACCUCGUGGCCACUGUCAAAGCCAGCACUCUCAUCUCAGUGCUGGGCACCAGUCCCCAUGCUGCCACCCUGGUGUCUGUGUCUCCAGGGUUCAAGCAGGCCAAUGUGUCCUGGGAACCAGGCUUUGAUGGGGGAUACCCCCAGACAUUCACUGUCUGGUUGAAGCAGAUGUCGGCGGGUGACAGUGGGGUGAAACAGGAGUGGCUCUCUGUGCCCGUGCUCUCCUCCUCUGGCUCCAGUCUGCAGGUGACAGGGCUGGUCCCUGACACAGAGUACCAGUUCAGUGUCCUGCCACACAACAAAGUGGGCACUGGGCCUUUCAGUGAGAUCGCCACCAUCCGAACUCUGAAUCCACUCCCAAGGAGAGCGAAACUAGAGCCGCCCACAUCAUUGUCAGCCAAUAAGAGCUCGGCAGGUAUAGUCCUGCAAUGGUCUCCUGUGGCUCAGUUCCCGCCCAUCACUGGAUUUGUCCUCCAAUCGCGCUCCGAGCAAGGGGAGUGGUUAAAUCUAGACGAGGACAUCAGUGCCAAUAGAAGUGUGAUGAUCAUUCCAGGUCUGCGCAAGGACUCUGUGUACGAGCUGCGGCUGCUGUCCCGGCGAGGGGAGUUGCUGAGCGAGCCUAGUCCAUCAGUUAACGUCUCCAACAUGGGGAUGGAUAUGUACCCUGCCAGUUCCCGCCUCCUGGAGUUUGUACCCGAACCGCUAUUGGCUGGAGUGAUGGGAGGCGUCGCCUUCCUGUGUUUGGCCCUCAUCCUGGUCGUAGGGACAGUGUGUAUCAUCAGUCACAAGAGAGACCAGCGACGCAGGAAGAAGAAAGAUGAUCUCCCUCCUGCCAUCUAUAAAAGCCCCUCCUCAAACGGGUCCCUUGCUAACAGUCCAGACAGUGUGCUGAAGCAGAAGCUCCUCCAUUCCCACUAUCCUGGCUCCACCUCCCCCUCCUGCUCCUCCUCCCAGUCGGACCACUCCUCUUUCGGCAGACCCAGCCGCGGUGAGUACCAGGACCAGUGCCAGCAGCUGCUCUCCUGCCGCCCACCUCCUCCUCACUACGCCCCCCACCACCACCACCACCUCCCCAGGACAGGCUCUUCUCCCACUUCCCCUCUAGAGUUAAUCUCCAGAGGCCCUGACAGUCUCUUCAUGAUGCAGCCCUACGACCAGGCCUCCAUCCACAUUUCCCACAACAUGAGAUCCCUGAGGAAAGACUUCCCACAAUCCACAGGGGUCCAGAGGUCAGUGUCCCUUCGCUCUGAGAAGAGUGUGAGGAGGGAGCCGCCGUUUGUUCUCUCAGUGGACCUACCCCCCUGUGGUGGAUCUAACCCCAACCCCACGACCAGGGUCCGGGCCAUGGCCAAACACCUUUCCCUCCAUGGACGAUUCUAUCUGGAUGGGGAGCAGGACAGUUUUGCUGGACAUCCAGGCAAGAGUAGUCCCUACUCAGACAGUAACUCAGACAUGUACCCCCAGACAAGCCUGGAGGAGAGCAACCCAGGAUACACGUCACUAAAGCGGGCCGUCCAGCCCGCUACCGCCAGCACCCUGGUGCUACAGAUGGAGCAUGAGAGGGAGACGGGCAACAUGAGCAGGUGUCUGAAGCUGGCCCGGGAGAGAGAGGAGCUGGAGAGAAAGCUACGGAAGUACACGCUGGAGAGGAACGCUACUUUAGAUGGGAAGAGCGAGAGACCAGGCAGAGAUGAGGAGAGCUGUAGAGAGACUGAAGAAUGCGAUCCCAUAUGGAAACCUCAGGAAAGCACCUCUCCACAAAAUCACCCCCAUCACUGUGACCCCCAGGCCAACUUGGGGAGCUCUAGCAUGGCCAAAGGGCCUUUGUCCCCAUCUUAUAUUCACUGGGAGGCCAGCCCUCUCACCUCAGCCACCAGCCUGGUCGCAGCCCAUCACACCCCCUCUGAGAGGACAGCGACCCUCCACUGUGACCGUCCAGUCACUCAAUGUCCCUUUCUGUCACCUGUCACACAACACCCCCUCAGGGAUAAGCGAGCAGAGGGUCACUCUAAGAGGAGGGUGAGUCACCAGCCACUAGAGAGGCAAGAAGGGAAAGAAGCUGCGAGGGUCAAGACACACACAGGGCUUUGUGAUGCUACUCACAUGUCAACAGAGAUGAAGGGAGAUGACUCAGAGUCACAUGAAUGGAACAGCAAGAGUAAUCAAUGCCAUUCCAAGUCUAAACCAGAUGUAUCUGUCAACAAAGUGCCUGGUUCAUGGAAAGUGGAGUUAGCAAGGUCACAGCCAUUUGAAAAGCCAUCUCAACACACAUUGGUGGAUCUCUUAGACUGUAUAGAGAUGAGCGUGGAUGAACCAGAGGAUGAAGGCUCAGUGGAUCCUCCUACCAAUCCCAUAAUGCUCCAGAGACAUGACCUAUUGGCCGAGAAAGACCACAGAAGACCGCAAACCACAAAAGAAGUCCGCAGAGGCCAUCCAUUGGACCACAGAAAGAGCCCAGUGUCUAGAGAGGAGCGGGAGAAGUGGCACAGGAGGUCACCUUGGGGCAGAAGCCCAGCUACCAUUCAGCCUCCCAGGCCGGUGCUCAGGAAGGCCCUCAGUCUAGGAGGCUCUCAGAACGGGGAUGACCGCCACCACCAGCGCAGCCACAGUCUAGACUCCAGGAGACAAUCCCAGGUUAACUUCCUGACGCCUGAUGCCUGGGUAGACUCUCUCAGCCAGGAGAACUGCUCCUCUCCUUUCUCCAUCCGGCCAGACUCUGUGUUCUGGGAACCGGAAUUCACCUCAGCUCCUGAGACCAACCACACAGAGGCCCCCCCUGCCUGCCCUCCUCCCCCUCCUCCCCCCCAGGACCCCCAGCCUCCCAGCAGGGCCCCACAGCAGCUUUAUGAAGCAUACAAGGGUAAUAUGCACAUCCCAAAAGUAAGAAAACUGGUGCUGGAGAGACAGCAGCCGCUCCCCCCAACCCCUCCUCCAGUGCCUUCGGGCCCCAUCCACCACCCCCACAACCCCCGCAAAAAGGCCUCCAUCUUCCCAGACGCCUCCAGGUGGCCCAUCACCUACCAGGAGGCCCUGAGGUCCGUGCAGCGCAUGGAGGCCAGGAAGAAUGCCUCUCUCCCCAGGGACCACAGGGAGCACUGUAGAGGCAGAACUACAGCUCCCUCCCUGGUCAGGGGUUACAGCUGGCCUGCACCCCUUCACACCUCUCAGCCACCCCAGGAGGAGGAGAAGCAGGAGGUGGUAGAAGAGGAGGAGGAGGAAGAGGAGGAGGAGGAGGAGGAGGAAGGAGAGGAGAGGUAUGGGGGGCAUGAGACAGAGGUGGAGAUUGGGAGGUAUCAUCGGGGAGUGCCAGACUCAGGGGGGAGCUACAGUAGCUAUACCAGCCAGAGCAGUGGCAGGGGGAGUCUGGAGCCUCCCAAUGGGCGCCUGUCCAUCUGCCUGUCCCCAACCCUCACCAGCUCUCCUGAGACCAUCGAGGAGAUACAGGGGAACACAGAGGAGACACGCCUACAGGACAUGGAGGCAUUGAAAAGGAGAAAGGCCUCAGUGGAUGAGAACUAUGAGUGGGAUUCAACUGAUGUGUCCAUUCAGCCAGGAGACCAAGACCUUGAAGGCAGAAGCCUGUUCUCCUCAGUGAGUCUACUGAAGUCUACUCCCAGCAUGCACCAUUCCAGGAAGGGCCUCAAAGAGUCAGUCCAAUUCCAGGGUCAUCACCAUGUGACCAGCCGCUACUCAGACCCCGAGCCAGAGACUGUGCUGUUCUGACAGUCCAAUCUAUACCUAAGACUUCCACCAACAAUGUGAAAAUAGAGUGCCAUCCUCAGCAAUUCAGUAUGGAUCAACCUCUCAACCAUCUGACUGACUGGACUCUGGUGGACGCUCAGGGGCUGAGUAAAGGAUUGGCUGUUGUUGUUCAGAGCUGUACCUACCAAAGAGGACUCUCACCACUGAUUUACAAGAGCUAGUAGUUACAUUGAUUGAUCUCUGCUACUUCUAUGGAAUAUUAUGUAUAUGGUACUUGUUACCAAGUCAGUGAAUAAGCAGGUACAAUCUUUGGUCUGCCUUGCCCAUCAUCAUGGCACUGACAUUAAUCAAUACAAUAAUCAAACUCUUGGUCUCACAGAAGAACAGUUGGAGACUCUUUUUAUUGGUUUGAGAAAAGGCAAACCACUGCUGGGCUGGCACUUUGUUCCACUGCUACAACACUUUCAACGUAUGACAGAGCUAUGAUGGAUGAUCAAUUUUCUGUGAGAUGGAGAGAGAGAGAGAGCGAGAGAGAGAGCUUGAGAGGGCCGGAUAACAGGACUGAUGGACAUUGUGCAGAAGAAGUAGGCCGCAUCAUGGCUUUUUCACAAGUAUUCUUUUUUCACAGGCCUGGCCUAGUGUGACAGCAUCUGCAGUACAACCCUGAGCUCUGAGUAGACAAUCAAUACCAUUACCCCAGGAGGUUAACUCACUAGGGUUGAUCAGAUGUAGCUUUAGAUCACGCUAUGAAGAACGACUGCUUUCUUUUCUACCCAUAUUCUCAAGAUGUAGCUCAUCUAAUUUCUCUCUGUUUUUAACCUCAUUGAUGUCGUGCAAUGUUUUGUACUGUCAAUUGAUUUUUUUGUACCCAGAGUGCAGUAGUUUUUGUGUGUGUGCCUGUUGCUGCGAUAAAUGAAGGCCAUUUUUUUCACCAAACUUGUGUAAAAUGAGAAUGAUUAUCAGUGCGCAUUAGCGGCAAGAUAUUGUUUGCCAUGUCUAAUUUGGAGAUUGAAACUGAAAUCAGAUUUUUUCAAUCAGUCGAUCUCCGAGUCAUCCGAGUCAGGGAGGGAGAUGAGAAUUCACAGCAUGUCAGAGGAGUUAAUUAGGUUCUAGAAUGCCUUCCAGCACAACGUCUGGUGAGAGAGGAGAGGAGAGGAGGGGAGCCGGGGAUAUAAAUGCCUUUUGAGCUGUACUCAUUCUGUUAUCAGUUUACAACGGCAGAUCACCCCCACUUACCCUCCAUUUUAAUUUCAACUAACAUUUUGUACACAGAAAUUACUUCCAGGGAAAUGUCAGUUUGUCCACUUUGGGUUUUAUAUACGUGCUAUGGCUCUCAAUAGCAAUACAAUGCCAAUAUACUGUACAUUAAUUAUUUUCCUCAGACUGAGUGCAAAUGCAGCAAGAAGAAUGACAACAAAUAUAUUGCUACUUUGCUAUUGUAAAGGAACACAUUGGGAUUGUAUACAAAAUUAUAAAGGUUAACUAUUUUCCAGGUUUCUGUGCACUUAAGAUAUAUUUGUUUUUAUACCGAAAAUUAUUCAGUGUUUUGUAUAGACUGACUAUAGUGUAUUCCUUUGUAUGUUCUGUGCUUUGUUUACUGAUUAUGUACUACUUACUGUACAAUGUAUCCUUAUAUACAUACAUAUUUUCCAGAGAACUGAAUAAUAAAUACUUGUUCUAUUCAUGUUUUA